UCUUACUGACUUUUUGUCAUGCACCACUCUCUGAUAAAUCCGAGAUAAAAAAAAAAAGAAUAUAUUCAAUAUUUAAAAUCGCUACUUAAUGUAAUGGUGUGCUUGAUUAAAAUAAACCAUUAUUCCGCCCUGCCGUAAAGCACUUUGCCGUAUCGCAGUUCGUAAUGUUAUGAGGAGCUGGGCCAGCAGAAGGAUGGCGAUAUACAAGUAUAAAGUUUUCACAUUUUUGUGUCUCUUUGGAGGAUUGUAUAGCAUACAUGCCCUUCAGGAUGUAACGAUGGACCUUUUCGGCGCUCAAAAUUACGGGACGGUGGCAGCGUUUGGAGAUUUAAACUCGGAUAAACAGACAGACAUCUUCAUUAUCAGAGAUCAGUCUGAGGUGGUGAUAUUCUUGGCUGACUCGAAAACACCUUACUUCAAGCCCACAGUUCACAUAAAGAAUGACGUCUUGUCAGAUGCUGUCUUCACCAGCGUCGUUCCUGGUGACUAUGAUGGAGACUCUCAGAUGGACGUCCUUCUCACAGCUCAGACCAGUUCUGGGACAAAUGUUUACAUUUUCUGGGGGAACAACAGGACAUUAGAUAUAGAUGGGUGGCUAAAGCUGAACAAGACUUUCACAGAUCAACCUCUUGUUAUGGAUUUUAAUGGAGACAUGAUUCCAGACAUUUUUGGAGUCAUCAAGUCAUCCAGUGAAGUUUGCUAUCUCACCAAAAGGAUUCCAGUUUGGCAGAACGCUUUGAGUUCAUCAGUCAAUUUACGCAUUCCGCACUCAAACGCUUUUAUUGACCUCAACAAAGACUUCACUGCUGAUUUGUUCCUGACAACUAUGGGAUCUGGUGGACCAAAAUUUGAGACCUGGAUCAGUAAGGAUGGAAACUUCACUCAGGAACAAGUCAUGCCAGCAGAACCACCGGCGAAGGUUGUCGUUGUCGGGCAGUCCUCCUUUGUUGACUUUGAUGGUGAUGGCUACCAGGACCACCUUCUGCCUGUGUGUUUUGAUAGCGAUUGUCUGCGCAGUGCCAUAUACCUUGCCAAGACCGACCCGACCGACAAAGAAAACGAGUGGGUUCCAGUGCUGUCAGACUUCAAGAGGAGGGAUACAGUUUGGAGCUUUGUGCCAGGAAAACCAGGCCAACCUCUCGCCCUACACCUGGGGGACUACAACCUGGACGGCUUCCCUGAUGCUCUGGUGGUCCUGCGUAACACCACUGGCAGCGAUCAACAGGCCUUCCUAUUGGAGAACGUACCAUGCAACACCCCCAGCUGUCAUAGUGUAGGGAGAAUGUUCCGCAUCCACUGGGACCAAUCAGAUUUGGGAGCCAUCCCGCAUGCAGUCACGGCAACCUUCUUUGACAUCUAUGAGGACGGUAUAUUAGACAUGCUGGUUCUGAGCCAGGCGGAGGGCAAAGACUUGAUCAUCCAUGCUUUGAAGAACAAUUUCGAAGCUGACGCCUAUUUCGUUAAAGUGAUGGUUCUCAGCGGACUCUGCUCCAAUGAUUGUCCUGAAGGAGUCAAGCCGUUUGGUGUUAACCAGCCCGGUCCAUAUGUCAUGUACACUACGGUGGAUUCCAAUGGGUACCUGAAAAACGCCUCUGCUGGACAGCUGAGCCAGUCCGCUCACUUUUCCCUCCAGCUGCCCUACACUGUGCUGGGCCUCGGACGCAGCGCCAACUUCCUGGACCACCUUUUCGUCGGUAUCCCCCGGCAGCCUGGAGAGACGGACAUAAGGAAACAGGAAUGGACGGCUAUUAUACCCAACUCGCAGCUCAUCGUCAUCCCUUACCCGCACGAUAAACCCCGCAGCUGGAGCGCUAAGUUGUACCUGACUCCAAGCAACAGCGUUCUACUGACAGCCAUCGCACUGAUCGGAGUUUGCGUCUUUAUCCUUGUCAUUAUUGGGAUCCUCCACUGGCAAGAGAAGAAAGCAGACGACCGAGAGAAGCGACAGGAAGCCCACCGUUUCCAUUUCGACGCCAUGUGAGAGAAGAAAACUGCAUGAUGGGAAAACAGCCUCCGUCGUCCACCACCACCACCUCUCUCUCUCUCUCUCUCUCUCUCUCUCUCUCUCUCUUUCUCUCUCUCUCUCUCUCUCUCUCUCACAUAUACACACAUUUUUACUCAGUUUCAUUUCAAGGGCCAAUAAAUGGAUUCUCAUUUGCCCCAAAACGUUUUUUCUUGAUAUUUUUUUUUAGUCCUCGAGUCAGAUGUGAAAAAUUGAUGUUUCGUUUCAUUUAUUCAUUCCAGUGUUAGAAGUACAGGAGCUGUGAAAAGGCCAUAGAGACACAAAGAGAAAUCCUAAUGGAGACCACUCACAAGUUUAAGGUGACACUGUCGGAUUUGGCUGUGUUCGGCAGUUAUUGGUGUGAUGAGAGCAUUGUUGAUGUUAGGAUUAAUGUUUGUGGAGUAUUCAUUCAAAUUUCAUGAGUUUUUCUUAAAACAUGCAGCGAGUGACUCCUACUGUAUAUUUUCCUAUGUUUGCAUUUGUUCACUGGAAGGGAAAAGCACCUUUGGCACGAGUAUCGACAUGUGUAACGUUUACUUGAAAUUCAUUUGUGUGUAUGUUACUGUGUCUUUUUCUAGUUGUUUUUUUUCUAUCUGAUUUUAAUACCUGUGAAAUUAAACUGAACUGAAUUGUGUGAUAUUGAUCUCUACCAUGCAACUGCAGCUGCGAAGUUAACAAAAAAUACACAUGCAGCAUAAGGGUUCUGACAAAAAUGUAUCUGCUACCAAUUUCACCGAAGGUGAUUAAUCGCUGUUUGUGCAAAGCCAUGUUUUUUUUUCAGCUGAUUGUAUCACAGUGCAUCAUGUGAGUGCCAAAAAAAAUGUGUUGCAUCCUUUAAACUUAUUAUGUGACUUUAUUGAGGCUCUGCAAUUAAAACGUAGACAUCCUACUGAAUACAAUGAAGUUCACUCCAACUGGUUGUGAUGAUUUUUUUUUUUUUUUUUUUUGUCUUUUUUAACUAAUUGGACUGAGCGCUCUGUGUGCAGAUAUUUAUGCAGAUAUUUAUUUUACAAGAAUGAGCUCAUGCCUUUCUGAGUGGUUUGCACUUUUUAAACUAAUGAUUAACUGUCUGUGGGUGUAUGUAAUUUAUUUUGUUUUGUGCAUUUGAUUUGCAAAUGAAUGUUUGAGCUUCUAAAUGUUUCCUUACCGGGGUUGAGAAUAAAGGUUUCUCUUAAUUAAAUCAA